ACGUGGACACCCAUCAUUCAGUGGACAACACUGUCUCAUUCUUUCCCCUUCAGAGAGAAAGAACUUGUUGCUAUCUCUUUGCUGCUUCUCCCUAUAAUCUCUCUGCAAACUCGUUUGUUCAGCAGGAAACCACUUUAGAAUCAACAUCAAGUUGGGUUAUUUCAUGCUUCUGAUUCCCAGACAACAACAAAAAGGAAGCAGUGAUUGAUUUGCUAUGGAAGAUAAGUAUAGUCUAGGCAGGCAGCAUAGUGGGAUAUGGAAGUCCUUGAGAGAUGGAGAAUUUGAUGAAGAAGAAGUUUGGGAUGUUUUCAAGAACAGAAGUGAUUAUGGUUCUUCUUCUUCUGGGGUUCGCAAGUUCAAAGACAAGGGUAAAUCCUCUUCUGUUCCUGCUAGGCCUAGUUCAGCCAGAAUGAUCCCAAGAUCUAGCAAUAGCAGUAACAAUAGCAGUGCUAGUUCCUCCAAUGAAGCCAAGGUUCUUCAGCAAUCAGCACCUGUCAACAUUCCUGACUGGUCAAAGAUAUAUAGGACUAAAACCCCCAAGAAUAGUGUUUCAAGGUUUGAUGAUGAUUAUGAUGGUGAUGGUGCUGCUAACUAUGGUGGGGAUAGUGAUGAGGAUGGAGAGGAAAAUGAUGAGAGUGAUUCCAAGCUUCCUCCACAUGAGUUUAUUGCCAGAAGGCUUGCAAGGAGUCGGAUUUCCUCAUUUUCUGUUUUAGAAGGUGCUGGGAGAACCCUCAAAGGUAGGGAUCUUAGCAAAGUAAGGAAUGAUGUACUCUCAAAAACUGGUUUCCUUGAAUCACUAUAAACUAUAAAGGGGUCUCUUCAGUAGUGAUUUACUAGUAUAAAAGUGCGUUUGGAUUAGUUUUAUGGUAAAAAAUAAUCAAUUAAUUUUUCAUGGUGAAGGUAAAGCAACAAAUAGUUGCUUCUACUUUUUCAUGGUAUCGGUAUCACCAUGAUUUUGUGGGGUAGAAUUGAUUCUUAUGUAUUAUCCAAACAUGCUAGUAGCGCUUUUACAUUUGGGAUGUACAUUAGGGUUAGUAGUUAGAGGUUAUUUAGGAAUGGAUGUUGUGUUCAUAUGCUUGGGGUAUAAAAGAAUUGUUUAGCCAUUUACUAUGAAAAACAAUGAACCAAAUUGGUUGUGGCCAUCAUAACUGAUUUCAAUCUCCUUCUGUUAUAUCAAAUUCAUGGGAUCAGAUGUGUGGUUUUGAGCAUCCAUUCAAACUUAAUGGUGAAUCAUAAUUGUAAAGCCAUAAAACAUUUUGAAGGAUACAAGUGUUUUUCUCUUUUA